AUGGAAUACGUCGUGAUCCAGAUAUCGUGGCUCAGGGUCUCUCUCGAAGGCAUCGCUGGGGAUGGCUUGGCCAAACGCAUUGCCGACGUGUUGUUGAACGCAUCCUCUGCGCCGUUGUCGCUGUCAAUCCCCAAGACGGCUGUGGAGAAGGCGAGAGACGUUCGCGGGCACAGCAACUCCUUGAGGGCCAAGGAGGCGCAGUGGUUGACUGACAUCCACAGGGUCGCCAAGCGGCUGAUCCGCGAGAUCGACACGUUCCCGGCCGCCGAGAUCUCAGAGACUGACAGCGGCAGCAGGGUGGAGUAUGCGAUCGAAGCAAUUCAGCGCGGCUUCAGGCACCUCCUGCGUCGGGAGCAUCCUUUACCCAAACCGUUAGCGACCGCCCAGCGCCGCGUCACGAUGUUCAACAGCAUGCUCGUCAAGGCGGCGGAUCAGCAGCGAGAUCUCAUCGAGACGACAAACGGCUGGGACGUGCUCAGAGACCUGGGAGACGUCAAGGCGGCCUCCUGCGGCGUGUGGACCUUGGCGACUGAAGCGCUUCUUGCGCCCUGGUCGCCCGAUGCCGCGGGGCCGCUGGGUAACCGCCCCGAUGCCGCCGCUGAAGCAGCAGCGGCGGCAGAGGACCAUGCGGGUGAAGGCGGCAGCGCGGCUUCACAGCAUCGCGAGUCGCUGGAGGACCUUUCGCGUGUCAGCAACCUCGGUUGCCGCAACGCGAGACUGGUCACCCAGAAGUGGAAGGCAGGCGAGCUGCGCGCGCGCGAGCGCCUGCAGCGGCUAGAGCAGGAGCGCCACGAGGUGGAUGAUCUCAUGACGCUCAUUGCGGAGCGGGCAUCUCCAGCCGAGAUCGAGGCCCGGCUGCGGGUUCUGCUUGUCAAGUCGACGGAGUUUUGGUUGUAA